ACUAGCUGAAAAAAAAACAAAACAUACAAAUCAUGGACUCAGGAAACAAAAACAAAAGAAGUACUGAAGAGGAUUGUAAUCAAAAUGAGCAGUCAAAUAUUAGCAAUAUUCUUAUUUUUUAUGUAAAUGGCAUAGAGGUGAUUGAAAAAAAUGUUGACCCAAUAUGGACGCUAAUUUAUUAUUUACGAAACAAAUUAUAUUUAGUUGGUACAAAAUUAGGUUGUGCAGAAGGAGGAUGCGGUGCAUGUACUGUAAUGAUAUCAAAAUAUCACCGUUCUUCACAUAAAAUUAUUCACAUAUCGGCAAAUGCAUGUUUAGUCCCAGUUUGUGCCUUGCAUGGUAUGGCCGUUACUACCAUAGAAGGUAUUGGUAGUACCAGAACAAAACUUCACUCCAUACAAGAGCGAAUAGCAAAAUCACACGGUUCGCAAUGUGGUUUCUGUACUCCUGGUAUCGUUAUGUCAAUGUAUGCAUUAUUAAGAAGUAUGCCAAAGCCAACAAUGAAUGAUUUAGAAGUUACUUUUCAAGGUAAUCUUUGUAGAUGUACAGGAUAUAGACCGAUUAUAGAUGGAUUCAAAACUUAUACCGAGGAAUGGGAACAAUCUCAAAGGAUAGCGGAAAUAAAUGUCAAUAGUAGUAGUGAAAAAGUUUGUUCAAUGGGAGACUCUUGCUGUAAAAAAUUGUUCACAUCUGAGCCGACUGAACCUUUGAAAUCAAAAUUUUUACCAUACGAUUCUACUCAAGAACCAAUAUUUCCUCCAAAACUACAGUUAACAGAUAAAUACGAUAACGAAUAUUUAAUUUUGAAAGGAAAAGAGAUUACUUGGUAUAGGCCAACAUGUUUGAAAGAGCUUCUGAUAUUGAAGCAGCAAUUUCCAAACGCUAGAAUCAUCGUAGGAAAUACAGAAGUUGGUAUAGAAAUGAAAUUUAAGAAUUUCAUCUAUCCAGCUGUGAUUUCGCCUACGCAAAUCAAAGAAAUGCGAGAAGUAAUCGAAUUAGAUAAUGCAAUAAAAAUUGGUGCGAGUAUAACUUUGACCGAAGUAGAUGAGAUAUUCAGAUGUCAAAUAAAAACAAAACCUGAAUACAAGACAAGAAUAUUUAAAGUAGCCGUUGAAAUUUUGCAUUACUUUGCUGGCAAACAAAUUAGAAAUGUCGCUGCGCUCGGGGGUAACAUUAUGACAGGAAGUCCGAUAUCCGAUAUGAAUCCUGUAUUAAUGGCUGCAGAUGUAACAUUGAAUGUUUGCAGUUUAGAAAGGGGUUACAGAAGAAUUAAAAUGGAUCAUACAUUUUUUAUAGGAUAUAGACGUAAUAUUAUUGCUGCGGAUGAGAUAUUAGUAUCGAUAGAAAUUCCUUAUUCAAUAUCAAAUCAAUACUUCGUUGCUUAUAAGCAAGCGAAACGAAGAGAGGAUGACAUUGCCAUAGUUAAUUUAGCUCUGACUGUCUUCUUCGAGAGUGGAACGAAUAUUAUUGAAAAAAGUUUAAUGGCUUUCGGUGGUAUGGCGCCAACUACUAUUUUAGCAAGAAAAACUUGUGAAGCUAUGGUAGGACGGAAAUGGAAUGAAGAAAUCGUAGAAUUUAUUACAAAUUUGCUUCUAGAAGAACUCCCACUAUCUGGUGAUGCUCCGGGCGGAAUGAUUUUAUAUCGUCGAGCUUUAACAUUAAGUUUAUUUUUUAAAGGUUUUGUACAUAUAAUGAAGAGACUCAGGAACGACGUACUCGAUUUAGAACCCUUGCCAAAAGAAUUUGAAUCUGCUGCCGAAGGCUUCUCCUAUAUUCCCCCGAAAAGCUCUCAAUACUAUCAAAGAAUUAUUUCCAACGAUAAUUCAACUGAUUUAGUUGGAAAGUCUACUAUUCAUGCUAGUGCCUUUAAACAAGCGACUGGAGAAGCCAUAUAUUUGGAUGAUAUGCCUAAAAUAGUUGGAGAACUAUAUAUGGCAUUUGUACUGUCAACGAGAGCCCAUGCAAAACUUAUAAAAAUUGAUCCAACUGAAGCUCUUGUCAUGGACGGGGUUGUAGCAUUUUAUGAUGCGAAUGACAUACCAAAAGAAAGAAGAUUCGUUGGCUCAAUUGUUCAUGACGAUGAAGUAUUCGUUUCCGAGCGGGUAACGAGUCAAGGACAGAUAAUUGGAGCGAUUGUAGCAAAUGAUCAGUUAACUGCUCAAAGAGCAGCUAAGAUGGUGAAAGUAGAAUAUGAUAAUCUUGAACCAAUUAUAAUAUCGAUCGAGGACGCAAUAAAAGCUAAUUCUUUUUACGAAAGCGAUAAAAAAAUUAUAGUAGGAGAUGUUGACAAAGCAUUUACAAAUUCUCAUCACGUGUUAGAGGGCGAAGUGAGAAUUGGCGGUCAAGAACAUUUUUACUUAGAGACACAUUGUUCGCUUGCAAUUCCACGCGAAGAAGACGAAUUGGAAAUUUUCUGUUCAACGCAACAUCCUUCCGAAAUUCAAAAGCUCGUUGCACAUGUCCUUGAUGUACACAUUAAUAGGAUUAAUGUUCGUGUAAAGAGAAUAGGUGGUGGCUUUGGUGGGAAAGAAUCUCGAUCACAACUUGUUGCUUUGCCCGUCGCGUUUGCAGCUCAUAGAUUAAGAAAACCAGUGAGAUGCAUGUUAGAUCGAGACGAAGAUAUGAUGAUGAGUGGAACAAGACAUCCAUUUCUGCAUAAAUAUAAAGUCGGGUUUACCAACAAUGGUUUAAUCAAUGCCAUAGAAAUUCAUAUUUACAGUAAUGUUGGUUAUUCCUUAGAUCUCUCAACCUCUGUUUUAGACCGUGCCAUGUUUCAUUUUGAAAAUUCUUACAAAAUACCCGCUGUUAAAGUUUAUGGAUACUUGUGCAAAACUAAUUUACCAUCUAAUACAGCUUUUCGAGGUUUUGGCGGACCUCAAGGAAUGUUUGCUGCUGAACAUAUUAUUCGUCAUAUCGCAGAUUAUCUGGGCCGCGAUGUUAUUCAAAUUUCAGAAAUGAAUUUAUACAAAGAAGGGGAUGUAACUCACUAUCAGCAAAAACUUGAAAAUUGUACAUUGAGACAAUGUUGGACCGAAUGUCUUGCUUCAGCAAACUAUAAAGAACGAAUAGAAAAAGUAGAGAAAUUCAAUAGAGAGCACAGAUUCAGAAAAAGAGGUUUUGCUGUUGUGCCUACAAAAUUUGGCAUUUCAUUUACAACACUUUUUUUAAAUCAAAGUGCGGCACUCAUUCACAUAUACACUGACGGCUCUGUACUUGUGAGUCACGGGGGUGUUGAAAUGGGUCAAGGAUUGCAUACAAAAAUGAUUCAGGUAGCUAGUCGAAUUUUAAAAGUAAACCCAGAUAAAAUACACGUGUCUGAAACAGCCGUAGACAAAGUUCCAAAUACUUCAGCAACAGCAGCUAGUGCAGGUUCAGAUUUAAAUGGAAUGGCUGUUAUGAAUGCAUGCAAAGAAAUUAUGAAUCGUAUCCAAUAUAUCAUAGAUUCUGAUCCAAAUGGAACGUGGGAAAAGUGGAUAAAUAAAGCUUAUUUGGAUAGAGUUAGUCUGUCGGCAACUGGAUUUUAUAAAACUCCCAAUAUAGGCUAUAGUAUGGCUACAAAUACUGGAAUGGUAUUUAACUAUUUUACAUAUGGCACUGCUUGUGCCGAGGUUGAAAUUGAUUGCCUUACCGGGGAUCAUCAGGUUUUACAAAUUGACAUUGUAAUGGAUCUUGGAGAGAGUUUAAAUCCAGCUAUAGAUAUUGGUCAGGUAGAAGGUGGAUUCAUUCAAGGCUAUGGAUUAUUUACUAUGGAAGAAAUGAUUUAUUCUCCAACAGGAAUUCUUUUUAGUCGAGGUCCAGGAACUUAUAAAAUACCAGCAUUUACAGAUAUUCCUUUAGAAUUUAAUGUAUCAUUAUUAAAAGGAGUUUCUAAUCCUAGAGCAGUGUUUUCAUCAAAGGCUGUAGGAGAACCACCAUUAUUUUUAGCAUCUUCUGUUUUUUUCGCAAUCAAAGAAGCUAUUAAAGCAUCUCGAGCUGAAAUGAAUAUUCAUGGAUAUUUUAGAUUAGAUUCACCAGCAACUGCUGCUCGUAUAAGGAUGGCCUGUAUCGAUCCACUUAUAAAAAAGAUUGAAAACGGAGAUGGAAAAAAAGCUUGGAACAUAGUGCCAUAGAGACUAUUAUGUAUAAAGAUAAAUAUAACCAUGUAUUUACG